GGGUGUCACGAUCUCUCUGUCCACUAGUGCAAACAACUGGGGAGAGAGAGAGAGAGAGAGGAGGCCGGGGUUCUUGGAGAUUGGUUAAAAUGGGAAGGAGUCCUCGUUGUUCAAAAGAUCAGAGCUUGAAUAGGGGAACAUGGACAGCUAUUGAAGACAAAAUACUCAAAGGAUACAUCAAAAUUCAUGGCGAAGGAAAAUGGAGAAACCUUCCCAAAAGAGCGGGGCUUAAGAGAUGUGGGAAGAGUUGCCGGCUAAGAUGGUUGAAUUAUCUAAGACCUGGAAUUAAGAGAGGCAACAUAACCAAUGAUGAAGAGGAGCUUAUUAUCAGGCUUCACAAACUCUUGGGAAACAGAUGGUCUCUGAUAGCUGGGCGGCUUCCCGGACGAACGGACAAUGAAAUCAAGAAUUACUGGAACACCAACAUUGGAAGGAAAGUACUCUUAGGUCAGGACCCCAACCCCACCUCAAAACGUAGAUCAUCAUCAAAUCAUGCACAAGAAAAGCCAAACCUCACCAAAGCGUCAGCUGUAAUGGAGCCACCAAAAGCAAAUACAGGCGCUUCAUGUACCGUGAUACGUACAAAGGCAACAAGGUGCACCAAAGUUAUCCCGAUCAGUACCUCGGGGCCACAGGAACCUCACGAUCAUCAUCAGCAGCAGCAGUUUGAUCAUCACACCAAGCCAGUCGUCGUUGAACAUCCCUCUUUAGUUCUUGAUGAGAAUCACGACAUGACAGUUGAAUUCUCAAAUUGCAAUUUGGAAGAAAAUAAUUUAUCCAACUUCAUGAUGGAUGAUUUUGAGAUUGACAAAAGUUUCCUGUCAGAGUUUCUGGUCAACACAGAUUUCUCGGAGCUAUCUUCAUGUAUUGAAAACAAUAACAGUAAUAAUGAGGGUGGUAGCAGCAGCACUACCUGUGAUACAGUCCAUUCUUCACCAACGUUUAUUGAUCAUGCCCUCUUGGUUUCUAAAGAAACAGAACUGCAUGGCUCGGAGGAUUUUCAACCAAUGUCUCCUCUGACUGAUCAGUCUGAGUACAUGGACUGGCUCUUUGUUUCUAAAGAUACAUUGCAUCAUGGCUCCGAGGUAAAUUCUCAAGAUGAUCAGUCUAAAUUUAUAACCUAAUUAAAUUAGAGCGGAAGUUGCCGUUCGAACGUACGUAUGUCCAAUUUAAAAUAAUUAAAUCCCUGUGCAUUGCACUCGUUUCCGGAUCGGAAGUUCUACAAGGAUGAAGGAACUCAUCAGCGGUGGAUGUAUGAAUAGGAGGACUAAUAAUGGGGCUAGCUGUCUCAUGUACUAAAAUAAAAUAUUCCAUCAGUGCAGGACGAUCAUCACGAUGAUGACAAGCUAGUUUGACGUCGAAGGGGCCGAUUUUUAUUUAUAAUUUGUUUCCCGCCGGUUGCACAGACCGGUUCAAUGAAGCAUUUUUUGAUAAAAUAUUACUUCUUUAUUAAUUAAGGCAAUGUUCCUUAUCGUUAAGGCAAUAAAUCUUUCGUUA